AUGAAUCUUCGUCCGUUUAUAGUUGAAAGAGUAAAGAGCGCGGGCAAACGUGUGUGCGAUGAAAUAAAGGAUGUCAAUUUGAACGAAGAAUGCAUUAUCAUAGGAACCCUUUAUAAGGUGAUGAAAUUAAAGCCGCAGAUCUUGGACGAGUACAUGGAGAACGUAGCAAAGGGAGAGAGCCGCCUGAAAUUUGUGGAUUCUUCAGAUUCGUUGGUCAUUGAGGACGGGACCGGUCGGCUGACUUUAGAAGGUUCUGUGGACGUGCAAAAACUGGUCACUGGACUAGUGGUUGGCCUGAGAGGCUCUCAAAGUGGGAACGGCGUCUUUCGCGUGACGGAGGUGAUUACUCCGAAACUGCCUCGUCUGAAGCCGACAAUAUUUCUCGGUCCGGCUGAGAACUUGGCUCCAGCGGCUCCCUUUCGGGGCCACGCGGCCCAGGGACGCGGAGGCGCCCAGCCGCCUACAGAGAGUAGAUGUAUUGCGUUCAUUGCUGACCUUGGUAUUGGGUGUCAGACGACUGCGGAGCGGCGAAAGGCGCUGGUUAACUUGCUCGCGGACUCGGAGCUUUCCGUAGGGUUGUUGGUGCUUCAGGGUCGCAGUGUGCGCUCGCUGGACAUGAGCAGCAUAGGUGCCUUGGACGGCUUCAUCGCGGCGGUGGCGCCGUCGAUGAGCGUCCACGUGAUGCCUACGGAUGAGUUCGAAGUGAUGCCGUUGCAGCCCUUCCCGAAGUCUUACCUGCCCGUGGCGGUCAACUACGCGAACGUUUUUCGAGUCACGAGUCCCCACGCCUUCUCUGUGGACAUGGAGGUGGACACUGGCAUGGAUACAAGCAAACAGCAGGACGGCGAGCUGGACGACGGCUUCCGGGUUCUCUGUCUGCCGGACGCCUGUGUAGCCGACGUCAUGUGCUACUCCAGCGUGGACGACCCGCUCGAGGCCAUGCAGCUGGCCUUCGCCUUCCGGUCAUGCGCCCCGACCGCGCCCGACACGCUGUCUUGUUUCCCCUUCAGCGCGCACGACCCCUUCGUCCUCGCACAGGACGCCGACAUCCCACACCUCGUCGUCGGUUGCCAGGGUCCCCGCUGCCGGACUCUGGCGUCGCCGCAGUGGGACGCGGCGACGCCGCAAGCCUGUCUGCAAGAAAACGGCACGCUGCUCGUGGCCUUACCUGCCUUCAACGACACCGGCUGCGUCCUUUUUGUCGAUCUCGACGCCCGCCAGGCCUUCCACUACCAGAUCUCGCAGUAG